UUGUUUGGGCCCCUCAGCUCAACCCUAAAGCAAAGCCCCCGGCACAGCGUAGAGCCGAGCGGGACCGCGAGGAGCAAGCGCUGCUCGGCGGGGAGCACGGAAGACGAGGUGGAGAGCGGCCUCCCUCCCCCCCGGCCCGUUCCCGGGUUAAUCGGUAACGCUGUGCAAACCCAGGUGGAAAAUGCGCCGUGCUCCGGACUAGGAGGGAGGAGAUGGUGCAGUGCCCCCGGCCGCUCUGAACGCCGAGCCGAGAAGACGGCGGUGUGUGUAAAGAAAGAAAACCCUACCAAGAUUGUCAGAUGGCCUAGAAAAAUUAAUAAUAAUCUGUGAAAAUAUGAAGUCGACCGAUUCUUGAUUCCCCCCUUCCCUCCAGCUCCCCAGUACACUGCUGAGAUUGAGAUAAAAGGACCCAUUUCCGGGAGGACAAGGAGAACAGACACGUUUUUGGUGGUGUAGAGGGGACCGAUGGCAAUGCUUCACAGUGUAGCGGAGACGCAGGGAAGAGAUUCAACCUGUUAACAAAGAAUUAAUCAGGGGGAAAAUACCAACGGGAAGGAAAGAGUGAGAUACACACACACACACAUUAUAUAUAUACAAUAUAGAAGUAUUCCCCAGGUGGCCACAAAGCAUGGGCUGUGCUCCAAGCAUCCACAUCUCUGACAGCAGAGUGGUUUAUCACAGUAGCAAAGAGUCUGAGGAGUGCAAUUCCCCUCACCAGACCAACACAACCAUGUCUCAACAGCAGCAAGGCAACCCCGUCCCAGGAUUAUUCAUUAAAUCCUCCAACACAUCCACUUAUAAGGUGAGGACUAAUUCCUCUAAGAAAGACAAGAGGGAGAACAGCCAGAGCAUGGAGGCAGAGACCCAGACCAGCAGAUCCAGUGUUAAGGCGCCAGUAACAGAUGUGCAGUUUGGCCCUAUGAGACUUCAUCAAAAUCAACUUCAGGUACUUUUAGUGUUUGCCAAAGAAGAUAACCAGAGUAACGGGUUCUGCUGGGCGUGCGAGAAAGCUGGAUUUCGAUGUAAUAUUGCCCGGACACCCGAGUCUGCACUAGAAUGCUUUCUUGAUAAACACCAUGACAUUAUCAUUAUUGACCAUAGACAUUCCAGAUACUUUGAUGCAGAAGCAUUAUGCAGGUCUAUCAGAACUACAAAACCCUCUGAAAAUACAGUAAUUAUUGGUGUAGUACGAAGGCAUGCUGAUCGUGAAGAGUCAUCAAUAUUGCCCCUCAUCUCUGCUGGCUUCACAAGGAGAUAUGUAGAAAAUUCUAAUAUAAUGGCCUGUUACAAUGAGUUGAUUCAGCUGGAAUUUGGAGAGGUGCAGGCACAGUUUAAACUAAGAGCAUGUAAUUCAUUAUUUACAGCAUUAGAGAAAAGCCAAGAAGCCAUUGAGAUCACAAGUGAAGACCAUGUAAUACAGUAUGUCAAUCCUGCUUUUGAAACAAUGAUGGGCUAUCAAAUAAGUGAACUAAUAGGAAAGGAAUUAACAGAAGUGCCUAUAAAUGAAAAAAAAGCUGAUUUCCUUGAUACUAUCAAUUCCUGCAUAAAGCUGGGAAAGGAAUGGCAAGGAAUGUACUAUGCGAAAAAGAAAAAUGGAGAUAGCGUACAACAAAAUGUGAAGAUACUACCUGUUGUUGGACAGGGAGGAAAGAUUAGACACUAUGUGUCAAUUAGUAGACUGUGCAAUGACAACAAUAGGGUGGAGAAGACAUGUGAACGUGUUCAGGCUGAAUCUCAGACAGAUAUUCAGACUUGCAGACACAAAGACAGGAGGAAAGGAUCACUAGAUGUCAGAUCCACAACCUCCCGAGGGAGUGAUGGCAGCUCACAACGGCGACACUCUUCUAUGGCCAGGAUACAUUCCAUGACGAUUGAAGCACCCAUCACCAAGGUAAUAAACAUCAUCAAUGCUGCACAAGAAAGCAGUCCCAUGCCAGUUGCAGAAGCUUUAGACCGGGUUUUGGAGAUUUUAAGAACCACUGAACUGUACUCUCCACAACUGGGGACAAAAGAUGAGGAUCCACAUACAAGUGACCUCGUUGGAGGGUUAAUGACAGAUGGGUUACGAAGAUUAUCAGGGAACGAAUACAUACUGGCAGCAAAACAAACUCAUCAGGUCGCUGGCAGUUUGAUCUCUCCAAUAUCCCUCAAUGACAUACCCCCACAGAUAACACAGGCAAUGGAAAAUGAAGAACACUGGGAUUUUGAUAUCUUUGAACUUGAGGCUGCCACCCAUAAAAGGCCUUUGGUUUAUCUGGGUCUCAAAAUAUUUGCUCGCUUUGGAAUCUGUGAAUUCCUAAACUGCUCAGAAUCAACUCUGAGGUCAUGGUUACAAGUUAUUGAAGCUAACUACCAUUCCUCCAACUCCUACCAUAAUUCUACUCAUUCAGCAGACGUACUGCAUGCCACUGCUUAUUUCUUGUCUAAGGAAAGAGUAAAGCAAACUUUAGAUCCGAUUGAUGAAGUUGCUGCACUCAUUGCUGCCACAGUCCAUGAUGUGGAUCACCCAGGAAGAACAAAUUCUUUCCUGUGCAAUGCUGGCAGUGAGCUAGCAAUUCUCUACAAUGACACUGCAGUGCUGGAGAGCCAUCAUGCUGCCCUAGCUUUCCAGCUCACCACCCGGGAUGACAAAUGUAAUAUAUUUAAAAACAUGGAGAGGAAUGAGUAUCGAACCCUUCGCCAAGCCAUUAUUGACAUGGUCUUAGCAACAGAAAUGACAAAGCACUUUGAGCAUGUCAACAAGUUUGUCAACAGCAUUAAUAAACCCUUGGCAGCACUAGAAGAAAAUGGGAAUAAUGGUGAUGGAGAGUCAAUCAAAACCGUUCUCACGUCUCCUGAGAACCGUAUCCUUAUCAAGCGCAUGCUGAUAAAGUGUGCUGACAUUUCCAACCCCUGCAGACCCAUGGAACAGUGUAUAGAGUGGGCUGGGCGCAUCUCUGAAGAGUACUUUGCACAGACUGAUGAAGAAAAGAGGCAAGGCUUACCUGUUGUGAUGCCAGUUUUUGACAGAAAUACUUGCAGCAUCCCCAAAUCCCAAAUAUCAUUCAUUGACUACUUCAUCACUGAUAUGUUUGAUGCCUGGGAUGCAUUUGCAGACCUGCCAAAUUUGAUGCAGCAUCUGGAUAAUAACUUUAAAUACUGGAAAGGACUAGAUGAAAGAAAGCUGCGGAGCCUUCGACCACCACCAGAAUAGCAAUUAGGCCAUGGUGUGUAAUUUACUAACCAGAUGCAUAUUUAUUCAAGCUCACUUUUAUUCAUGUGAUUUGAGAUUUGUUUUGGUCUCUUCAGUAUUACAGUAAAGCUAGCUCAUGCGCUUGGGGAACUUUCAAAUUCAAGAGAACAUGAGGUCAGCAGCUGACUUCCACUAACUGCCAUGUGUGGACUCCGAUGAACUAAGCCUACAGAGUGGAAUUACACUGGAUUGCUGCAGUACUUGUACUGAAGAGGGUUUGUUAGUGAACAUACUGUUGCGGUAUCUUCCUACCAGUAUGCAAAGCUGGGAGACCAUGAAGAAUCCUCACGGACAAGACACUCGCUAGAAGAUUUUGCUUAAUCCUCAAUCUCGCAAGUGGAAAAGAAACACCUGUUAAUAGAGGCUCACAGCUUUUAUGAGAAAGCUACAUGCUUUUUAUAAGCACUUAAGACAGCUACACAGAACAAUCAGAUGUUUAAAAUGCAACUCUCUUGAGAAGGAGUUUUUGAUCUAUGGAAAACAGACGUACUCUAUUUUUUCACGUCACCGAAGGUGCAAUCAUUCACUUCUGAGCACUACUGAAAGUGAGUUCUCGUCAAGAAAUUUAGUAGCAAAUGUAAAAAAUAACCCAAGAAUUUUUGAGGUCGAUCGUUAGCACCUAUGAUUACAAUGAUACCUUUUAUUUAUUUUGUUAGAUGUUCAAUAUUUUCUAUGAAUUUAUAAAUACUUAAAAGCCAAAGCCAACUUUAGACGCGUUACAGAUUUACAUGAUUCAUACUCAUUAAUAUACAUUUAAUUGAUGUACAGACCUUUUAUUUUCAUAAUGCAAAAAUACAGGAUACUAUACAAUGAUACAUUUUUAUUGCACUGUAAGGAUAGAUGUGUAUGUUUAAAUCUUGUCUGAUUUAUGUUAAUUAAAAUGGAGUUUUAUGGAAAAGGUCUCCCUUGAGAGCAGUAAACAAGAAACACACACUGCCUGAGCACCAGAGCUGCAGUAGUUCUCCCACAAGCCAGUGACGACCACCUGAUCUUCCCGUGGCUACAAAAAUAAUAAUAAUAAUAAUAAUUAUAAUAAUAAUAUGUUGGAACUUUUUGUUUUCUCCCAUGAAAUUUUAUGAUUGAAUUCCCUGUCCAAGUCUGCCUUAUUUUAUACAGUGUUUCUACCAAGCAUUCCACAGCGUAUACAAAGAGGUAAUACUAAACGUCUAAUCAGUUUCACCGGUUUAUAGCCUAUGUAUUUUCCUCUGCCAUGAAAGAAACAGAACAUAAAA